UUUCAUGGAAGGAGCGUAGGUCAGGAGCUCAGGAAACUAGGGUUCUAAAACUAGAUGUGUAAUAUCGACACACAGUGUGGGCCCUUGGACAGAGGUCUUCAUCAUUCAAGCUAGAGUCCUCAUGUCUGUAAAAUAAGGGAGGUGGGAGUAGGCUGUCUUCAAAAAUUCCUAACCACGCAAACUUUAUGUCCUUGGUAAGCUUUCACUAGUUAUUCACAUAAAUCACCAACAAGAAGGAGCCUUCUUCUGCAGCCUGUUCUUGGAAAUUAUCAUACUUUAAAUAGAAGCCCUGUUUUUGGAAAGUAUCGUAAAGAGAAAGUGGAUAAAAACCUCCUGCCCCAAAAUCCAAGGCAGGAAAUGCUGGUUGGCAUUUCUAAUACUAAGUGUUGAGAAACGCUAAAGCUAAGAUUCCUGGAUUAAUUACAUGGAGCUUCUUAGCUACUUCUUAUAGCUCCUUAUCAUGGACCUCCCCUCCUUAGAUGGAAUCGUUCCUUAUCAUGGACCUUACCUCCUAAGAUGGAAAAAUGAAAUAUUGAUACAUUUCCUAGAUUAAGUAGAGGCUAGAUAUCUAAUGCUAACAUGUUAGGCCUUUUAAGAAGAAGAAAGAGAAAGGAAUUCGUAAAAUUGCGGACUAUAGUAACAUAUUGCGCACAUUCUAUGAUAUUUUUUGUCUUUCUUAUAGGGUUCUUAAUCCAAAAAAAGUCCGUUUCGUUAACAUUAGUAAACAUUUAUCAGUGCUUACUAUGUGCUAGUUACUGUGCCGAUAGCUAGAGACAGAAAAUAAUGGGAAAUGAUACUCAUAUCCCCCCAUUCUCAUGCAGAAGAUACAUAUAGACAACUACUAUAAUAAAUGUGGCAAAUGAAAACAAGACCUGGAGAAGUCCUUAUUGAUUGUUUAGAUUCAAUUGAAGACACCAAAGGAAAUAAUGGAGAUAGAGGUAGACUCUUGGUAACAAAUUUAAGAAUUCUCUGGCACUCUUUGGCAUUAUCAAGAGUCAAUGUUUCUGUCGGUUACAAUUGCAUAUUGAAUAUUACAACACGGACUGCUAACUCUAAAUUACGAGGCCAAACUGAAGCUCUUUAUAUACUAACAAAAUGUAACAGUACUCGUUUUGAAUUUAUAUUUACAAAUUUGGUUCCUGGAAGCCCUAGACUUUUUACUUCUGUGAUGGCAGUACACAGAGCGUAUGAAACUUCUAAAAUGUAUCGUGAUUUUAAAUUAAGAAGUGCACUAAUUCAGAAUAAGCAACUAAGACUGUUACCACAAGAACAUGUAUAUGAUAAAAUAAAUGGAGUAUGGAAUUUAUCCAGUGAUCAGGGCAAUUUAGGAACCUUUUUUAUUACCAAUGUGAGAAUUGUAUGGCAUGCAAAUAUGAAUGACAGUUUUAAUGUCAGUAUACCAUAUCUGCAAAUUCGUUCAAUAAAGAUUAGAGAUUCAAAAUUUGGUUUAGCUCUUGUCAUAGAAAGCUCUCAGCAGAGUGGUGGAUAUGUUCUUGGCUUUAAAAUAGAUCCUGUGGAAAAACUACAAGAAUCAGUUAAGGAAAUCAAUUCACUUCACAAAGUCUAUUCUGCCAGUCCCAUAUUUGGAGUUGAUUAUGAGAUGGAAGAAAAGCCCCAGCCACUUGAAGCUCUGACAGUCGAACAAAUUCAAGAUGAUGUAGAAAUAGACUCUGAUGAUCACACGGAUGCUUUUGUGGCUUAUUUUGCUGAUGGCAAUAAGCAACAAGAUCGUGAACCAGUAUUUUCAGAAGAACUGGGGCUUGCAAUAGAGAAAUUGAAGGAUGGAUUCACCCUACAGGGACUUUGGGAAGUAAUGAGUUGAUUGAUCUUGAGUUGAGAUGGAUUUCUAUUAAAGAUGUCUCUAGUUUAAAGAUACUAGUCACCUGCCAUAAGUCAUGGAAUAGUUUUUAUACUUACAGCUUUUAUAUUUAAAACUUGUAAGAGUUUUUUUAAUGAUUGAGGAAAAAGUCAUUUAGAAAACUUCAGUUUUCUAAAAAUUGUAUUUAAAAUUGUCAUCAAAAUGUACCUAGUUUAUAAAUGUUUAUUUUGUACUUAAUACCUGUAAAGUCUUAGUUUUCAGAUAUUAAGUGACUGUAUCAUGUUCGGUUUAAUAAAGAAUUUAUGCAGUACCA